AUGUCCUCCCUGAUCCGGUUUGAUCGUGAACAGUACACAUGGAAAGCCUCUUCCUCGCAACUUCUGCGCAAGAAGCAGCUGUUCUGGGGCUCUAACCUGUUCCAUUUCGGUAUCUUGUUCCUGCUGAUGGGGCAUACAGUAGGGCUUCUGACACCGACAUCGCUCUACACGCUUUUCAUCUCGGUCCAGCAAAAGCAGAUGAUUGCUGUCACUGCAGGCGGCAUUGCCGGCAUGAUCUGUUUCAUCGGCCUGACCUUGCUGUUGCAUCGCCGUCUAUUUGACAGCCGCAUCCGCCAGACAUCCACCUAUAUGGACCUUUCAAUCCUGAUUAUCCUGUGGGUGCAACUGAGCAUCGGCCUGAUUACCUUACCCUAUUCAUUCGGUCAUGAUGAC